AUGGCGGAUCAGGAAGAAUGUAACGACUCUAUAACUAAUUCUGUAACUACGUCCAAAGACUUACCGAAGAAAAGUAACAUUAGUUAUCGCCCGAUAGCUGAAAAUGAAUUCAAAGUAUAUAAAUGGCGAUGGUAUAUGGUACUUGUAGUCUGUCUCAUAAACAUGGCGAAUGCUUUGAUCUGGAUUUGCUUCUCUCCCAUCACAAGCAUAACGACCGAAUACUACGGGAUUUCGUCAUGGCAGGUCAACUGGCUGUCUCUCAUCUUUGUUGUUGUGUCCAUUCCAUUUGGGUUCACUGCCUCCUGGCUCAUCGAUACCCUAGGACUGAGAACCAGUAUAAUUUUAGCUGCUUGGCUGAAUGUUAUUGGCUCCUUGCUGCGUAAUCUGACCACUGUUGAUAGCAUAAUCCCUCACAAGGAUCGCUUUCCAGUGUUACUAACAGGGCAGUUUCUUGCUGCUGUGGCUCAGCCUUUUGUGAUGUUUUGUCCCACCAAGCUGGCUGCUCUGUGGUUUUCUCACUCACAAAGGGCAAUAGCAAACACAGUUACAUCUAUGGCAAAUCCACUUGGUAUCCUGAUAGCGAACCUGAUGUCCCCACGUAUGGUCACUACGGCUUCAGAAAUGCCAGUAAUGCUGUGGACGUGUACAGGUUUUGCAGGUGUGGGAUGCAUUCUGGCAACAUUCGGUGUCUGCAGCUCAAUUCCACCCUCACCACCCACAUCCAGUGCUGCUGAAUCUUCCGAACCAUUCCUCGCAGGACUUAAGAAGAUAAUCCGCAUCAAAACCUACUGGGUGCUGUUAAUUGUGUUUGGCACUGGCCUUGCCCUUUUUACAUCUGUUACGACAUUCAUUCAACAAAUUCUUUGUCCCAGAGGAUAUAAUAAUGAUUUCUCAGGAUUGUGUGGUGCCUUGAUGAUAGGACUGGGAGUAGUUGGUGCAGCGACAGCAGGAAUUAUCUGUGAUAAAACCAAACGCUUUGAAGAGGUCACAAAAAUAUCUUUUGCCUUAACAGUUGCAUUUGGUAUCUUGUUCCUGGAAAUUGCCAGGUUCAGAGAUAUGGAAGUGCAUAUUGCUGUGGUCAUUUCACUUGUUGGUUUGUUUGGCUUUGCCAUAUAUCCUAUAUGUAUGGAGCUGGCAGUCGAAGUUACCUACCCUGUUGCCGAGGCAACAAGUUCAGGUCUUUUGAUCAUAUCUGGUCAAGUUCAGAGUAUUAUAUUCAUGUUGGUUGCUCAGGAACUUCUCCAGCCCCUACCUCUAGACGAAGUGAACCUGCCAACUGGGUGUGUCACCAAUGGUACCCAUGUAACUGCCGAGUUCAUACCUCAAGACUGGACAGUCUCUACGUUAUUCCUGUUUGGUGUGGGAGCUGCUGCCAGUGUGUUUCUCAUCGUGUUCUUUCGACCAUCGUACCGGAGAUUACGAGCAGAAGAUAUAGCAAGAGCAGAAGCCCUUCUUAAUUACGAAAUUAUCAUUGACUCAACAUAGCUCUAGGAAUCAGUGUUUGCUAUGUAGUAGUGGCUGAUCCAGAGGAGGGUUCCAAACACCCAAUAAUCAGUAUUUUUAAAAUAAGCUGCAUGUACAUUUUUUUGGUGAUAUACAAAAUCCGAUUUAAAAUUACUGAUGUAAGAUGAAGGUGUGUGUCCCCACUGGAUGGUGUUGUGCAUGGUUAUUCACCACUCCAAAAUAAUGCCCGACACUUUUAGCCAGUUUAGGCUUUUUCCCAAACAUUCAUAUUUUGUCACUAAACAACUUAGUUUUCAAAAUAUACAAAAGUCAGCUGAAAUAAUAAAAAAAACUGAUUAACACUACCUCGGAAAGCACCAUUCAUGUGGGAGCAUGACCCUAGAUCCCACCUAAAAAUCAAACACUUUUGUGGGCCCCUCUUACCUAUCAACGCAUAAGCCUGAGAAUAUUACUGAGAAGAUAUCUCAAUAAGGAAAGAAUAGGAUUUCAGACAUGUCAGAAACUUUCAAUAGCCACCAUUUCUCACUGUCUUGAGUUUGGGCCUCCUUCAAGAAUAUUCUGACUCAACUGCUUUGUACAAAAUGUGAGGACAGGCAGUGAGGCCAUGUUAGGCUGUCAUCAGCAAUUAGGAAUCUGCUAAAACCUUGUAGGAACACUGGAUUGCGUGUAUGUCUUCUGACAUUAAACAUAGCCCCCGUGUUCCUAGUGAUAUUCCAGGUGUUAUGUUGAGUCUGGUGAUUAUCAGUAUCAGGUUCCAGCUGCUUAAAAGACUUGUCACUUAAAACAUCAAAACGGUCAAGUAUAAUAUUGAGUCGGUUAAAAAUGUUGAGCAUAGGACUGAGAGUCUUGUUAGGUGCUUGAUACUGAAUUUUCAGGGAUAUAUAUUUUUUCACCACAAAGCCUAGUGACUGUUCAUACCAAGAUUCCAACUUUUUGAAGGGCUGUUGCCAUAACCAUCAAAACCAUCAAGUCUCGUUACAAGUGUUGAGUCUUUUGAAAGAGCUAAGCAUGGAGGACUCUUGGUCGAUUUACAUCCUUGACAUUGAAUUGUCAUGGAUGUUUUCUUUUUCACCAUAAGAAAUGGUCACUGAAUAUCUUGAAGGAAUGUCAGCAGCAUCAAGUGUUAUGUUGGGUCAGUUGCUAAUCAACAUGACUCUCUUCUUGAAUUUCCAAGGAUGUUAUCUUUUUUCCAUAAGAAAUGGUGACUCGGAAUACAUUGAUGGAAUGUCAGCAUCAUCAAGUGUUAUGUUGGGUCAGUUGCUAAUCGUCAUAACUCUAACUCUUCUAGAAUUUCCAAGGAUGUUUUCUUUGUCACCACAAGGAAUGGUAGUCCUGUGAAUGUCAGGAUCCAGUUCCUUGAAGCAUUGUCAAUAUAACCAUCAAAACCUAGUCACUGUAGAUUCCUGCUUUUCAGAACUGAUGAAAUUUCUUCCAGCUCUGUGAACACACCUGUUCAACUGAAGUCCUAAUCAAAAGUAUACUCAUCUGGUAUAUGCUUAUUACAUAUGAUUCAUAAAAGUUUCUGGAAUGAAAACUUGAAAAUUGUAUUAGCAUUAUAAUGGUAUUUAUUGCCGUACUCUAUAUAGUAAACAACAGGCAUAAUAAACAUCAAAACUUUGCCUUUUAUAGAUGAAAUGUGUUCAGUUCCCCAUGGAAUUACAAGAUUGUAGUGGUUCAUUUGCAAAUAUAUUCCUUUUUUUUUCUAUAAAAAGAACUAUAAUCAUGUGUAAAAAAUGUUUACCUUAAAAUGUCCGAUAUAAAAGGGUGGUGUUACGUCAGUGACCAAAGUGGAAUGUCAUGUGUGUAGAUUGUUUACCAAAGAAAUUUGUCUGUUUCCACAUAACACUCUCCCAAUAAUUAGUCAUAAUAUAUUUCCAAUAAAAAAACAACUACAUAUUAUUUCAACUUAUUUUUGUGCUUAUAUCCAAUUAAGCUUCAAACACGCUGUCCUGGGCACACACCUCAUCUAUCUGGGUUGUCUAUCCAGGGCAGGGG